AUGGAAGACCAACUCGACUCGAUAGGUGGUGCAGCCUUGUCGGGAGCUGCCCAAUUCCUCAGCACAUUCGCAUCUGGCGAGACCAUAUCACGAGCCACAUCCCCAGGCAUCCCCGGCUCGGAUGCCGGCGACGACACUAAGCGAUACCGACCGAGAACUUUCUCAUACUUCGAUCUACUGCCAUAUCCUGUGGAAGAGGAGGCUCAGCGCGAUGCCGCACUCCAGGGUAUACUGAAGCAGCUAUACAUUGCUAUAAAAGCCGAAGAUUUCUCGCCUGGCGCGAUUCACUGGACAAGACAAUUGCAAUCGUGGCUCAGUCUCAAGUUCGACAUGCCGAGAGAGCUACGGGCCAACCUCGCCCAGCUCUAUUUCCACCUCUCUCUGGCUCCUGGGCUCGAUAACAGCUCCGCCGAUCGCUUCUCCAGGAUGGUGUCCGUCCUGGCCAAGAGGAAGCAUUUACUCAAGCCAAUAGAUGAUCUGACACUUGACUGGAAACCGAUAUGGAAAGAAAUCAAGUCGUUGGUGCUACCCGGAGAGGCUCCUGCCCAUCAUUCUUCCCGUAGGAGGGGACUCAAGAACAUGUGGAGGCUAUGUCUACAAGCAUCCAUCUAUAUUGACCCCAGAGAACGGCGCGCUAUGCUCGACGAGAUCCUGCCCUACUUCAGCACCUCGGACCUGCAGAAUGCCUACAUUGUCGUUGGGGCGCUCAAUAUCCUCGUACCCACGACGCCAUGCCCCCCAACAGAACCCCAAUCACAACCAUCUGAUUUUGUCCCUACCUUCUUCCAUUUGUGGUCCUUGAACACCAGAUCAAAGGUAUUUGACAAUGUCUUCCUCGAUAUCUUCUCGCGAAUGGCUAGGGAUUACUUGUCAUGCCAGCACGUACCUUUCUCCGAGCACGGCAUCUUCGCCAGAGAACAGUCCGAUCUGAUCUUCACAGCCAUUUUGCGCCUAACAGAGAUUCCAGUAGGCCAGGCCAACUCACCUUACACGAAUUUGGAUUAUUCCUCUGGUCUGGGCCUCCUUUUGGAGAAAGACAAGAAGAAGUAUCCCAUAUCAUACACUAUUGCACGAUUCAUCGUAUCAUCGCUGUCUCCUCAGUGUCUAGACAAGAAUAGUUCGAUAUUGGACAGCCUUGAAGGGCUGAUGGAAUCUAUCGACACGUUCUUCCACCCAUCCAACCAAGGCGCCUGGACCCAGAUGCUUGCCCAGCUGACAUUCUAUCUUACGGAGAUGUUUGUGUCACGAUGGAACAAGGAGCAGAAGAGUGAGCAAGACACUCCCGCGGAUCGACGUCUUAACGAUGAUCUCAAGAAGCGCUUCGUGUUGAGUUUGCGGGAGGUUACGUUCAUGGGUCUGUUUGGCAAGAGUACCAAGGUCACCAACAUGUACUUCGGCUCUCUCCAGAAUCUGACCUACCUUGAGCCUGGCUUGAUGCUUCCUGGUGCCCUACAAAGAUUCUACCCCAGCUUGCAAGGUUUGGUUGAAGUCCAUCGUACCACAUCUAGUUUGUGUGGUCUGCAGAUGGUUGCAAACAUCAUGUCCAAGCAAAAAGGAUUCCGCUGUCAUCUUACCGCUCUUCUCGCUCUCGCUCUGCCGGGUAUUGAUGCCAAUGACCUCAACAAGACCCAGUACACGUUGAACUUUAUUCAAAGCGUUGCCUAUAGCAUUCCUUUCGUAAAUUUGACCAAAGCAAACUCAGAUGUCCAUGACACAACCUUGGCCAUGCAGUGGGUCCAGGGCGAGAUGGAGCGCAUGGAGCGUGAAGGACAGGAUGUGAAGAUCGAUUACGAGAACGAACUGUCCGACGAAGACGAGGCAAGCAUCGUUCGAUCUUCAACCGCAGGCUUUGGCGAAUUUAUCAUCUCCCUCCUCGGCAAGGUCUUCACCCUGCUUGAAAAUCUGCCCGACUCUUCGCAUCUUCGGACAGGCUCACCAGAAGACAACAUCAUCAACACAUUGCCUGCAGCCCUUACGCCACUCUUCGCCUCCCUUUCCCCUGAGCUGUUCGAGAUAGUCUUGGAUAAGUUGGCGACAUUUGUCUCAACACAUGUUGUGCAUCAAGCUCGGGAUAGUAUGGCAUGGAUCUGCAAUGCGUUAUGCAAGGUCAACCCAGAAAAGACGCUCAAAUUAUUCCUUCCGAUGCUUAUCGUGAAUAUCCGCAACGAGAUCGAUUACAAUGGUGCAGCCUCUGAUCGAAGUAGUGGUACAGAAGUUCUCCCCCGAGACCGAGCUCUUGUAUGGCACGUUAGCAUUUUGAGCAUGUGUGUCGUCCAUGUUGGCGGCGAAACCCUCAAGUACAAGAAAGAACUUUUCGAGAUUGCGCAGUACAUGCAGGAGAAGUGUCGUGGCUUACCGACUCUACACAUCAGUAACUUCAUUCAUCACCUUUUGCUAAACCUGACGCAUACCUAUCCCAUUGACAAUGCCCUGUACGAACCCGACGUGAUCAAGCGUGGCUUAGAUGUGGAUGACUGGGGCCGAGCAACAGACCCAGCAAAUCUGACGAUCAAGUGGCAUCGCGCAACUCCCGAAGAGCUGCAGUUUGCUGUGGAAGUCUUCCAAGCUCAAGCUGAAGGUGCAAUGCAGCGACUUGAAUCUUUCAUGAGCGAUGACGCGCCCGUGAGCAGAAAGGGCAAGAACAAGGAGUGGUCUGAUGAGGUUUCACGUCAACUCAGCCAGAUCCGUCUUGUCAUAUCAGGUAUCGCGACAUUAUUCGACCCAAAACGCGCCUCAGGAGAAGUAAAUGGUCAUGUCAAUGGUACUACUAAUACCGAUGCCGAAGGCGAUGAUGAAAUGAAGGAUGUCGAUGAGGAGGAAGAUCCCUUGGCCGAGGCGGGCGAGGACGAUGAAACUAAGCCCCAGUACAAGUACCAGAGCGGAUACCUGCUCAAGCCUGAGGAUCCACUCUACAGUCGCAUUCAUGACAUUCGUGACAAUAUUGGUCGACUGCUUUCUCGGACACACUCAUUCCUUAAUACGCACCAAGCAGAUGAUGUUUCUUGCUUCACCGCUCUCUACUCCACAUAUAGAAUGUGGAUCACAGAUGUUGGCUUUGAGAGGUCAGCACACCCACUCGAACGUCUGCAGAGACUAUACAAAGCGGAUGUUGGUCCCUUCAAGAUUAGUGCCCUACGCAAGGCCUACCCUCGUCCCUUGCUCAUCAAGCGUGCUGAUGCGUAUCACUUGCAACGAGCGAAGCACAAUGCCUCGGUACGUAACAAGAGCGACCUCGACAAGAGACUUCUCCUGGACCUAGCAGAGUCGUGUGUCUCUCCAUAUGCAGAUGUCCGGCGAGUCGCGCAAGGCGCUCAGGACGCUUCGCUCAAAGUUCUCAUAGGAGGACGCCCUCUGGUCAUACCCGUUAUUCUGGAUAAGUUCCGUAAAGCAUUGGCAGAAGUAGACCAUGACCGAAUCAAAGGGUCCAUGUACACGCUUUUUUUCACAAGCCUCCUGAAGACUAUGAUGAGAGACUGGAGGUUUGCACCUGAUCUGAUGCGGCUGUACAUUCAAGCAGCUGGCGUUGACAAAACCUCCAUCCAGAACCUCGGCUCCAGUGCUCUGUAUCCCAUGAUAGAGUUUGGGAAGCGCUUUGAGCUCAUGGUUCUCUUGGAUGACGACAUUGUUAGCCUUAUUGAGCCAUCCGAGGAUUGUUCAAAACCCAUCACGUCGCGCCACAACUUUAUCCUCGAACGCAGAAAGAAGGUUGAAGCCAGGAAGGCCGAGCUUGGCUUAGAGCUGGUCAAGAUAGCCAAGGGAUCGCACUGGAAGACAGCGAGCAGGUGUGCCAUUUUUGCAACAAAUCUGUGCCUACGUUUCGACACAGUUGCGCCGCCAGAGUUCAUUGAGCUGGCAGUCAGCGGCGCGAAUGAUCAGCACCCUGGUCUUAGAAGCGGGUUCAUGACUGCCUUCUCCAAUAUUUUCACAGUGAUUGACCAGCGCGCAGUCUACAACCACUCUUACAGAGAUUUUCUCGAGGAGAAGGAGAAGGACUCAAACAAGAUCACCGUGACCGUGCCAAAGGGUGAUGUAGCAUACACGGAGAAGUUCCUAGAUCAGUUUACACAUCCUCAAAAUGCCGAAUACUACGUGGACACAGAUCACGUUGGGUGGCUUGUAUGGGGAAAGAAGUUCUCAGCAUCAAAAGCUAAACCGAAUCGAUUUGACGACUACGAUGAUGUUGAAAUCGCUGCACGAAAGCAGAUUGGCGAGCUCCUCACCAGAGAGUGGCUUGCGAAGUGCUUCGAGCACAUGAAGCAGGAACCGCGCGAUACCUCUUCGGAUAGGUUCAGAAGUCAGAACGUCAUACUCUUGAUGCACGUGUUCGAUUUGAUGAACUAUGAGCAAACGGCAGUGAAAUUCGAGGAUGUGAAAGAGCUGACAUUAGAGAUCUAUGGUGACGGUUCGGACAAGCACCAACAUCGAGCAACAGCUGAGAUCAUCGGCGCCAUGCUGGCUGGCUCAGCUGACGAUCCAAUCGAUAUGCGGGAUCGUGCGUGGGGCUUUGCUCAACCUCUAAUGCUGAAGAUUUUUGCUGACAACCUGACGCCCGAGAACCUGAGCUACUGGAGCACAUGUCUGCACUUUAUCAUCGAUACCAAGGAUCCUCGCCGUGCCCAUGAAUUGGUUGAGAGCCUUAGCUCCUUCCGCCUCGACAUGUCAUCUAACGCGGCCUUCAAGGAGUCAUCCAAGGUCCUUCUCCUUGAAAUCCUGAUCAAUGACUGCGGAUGGCAUUUCCGCCGCGAGAAACCGAUUCUUGAGGACUUUCUCGCUCACAUUGACCAUCCGUACAAGUCGGUGCGAGAAUCAAUCGGUAGAGUCAUUGCCACUAUCUAUCGCACAAGAUAUCACGAAUCUUUUGAGAAUGUCUCUGCAUUACUCGAAAAGAACAAGACGGAAUCCACAAUUGGCAUAAGACCUUAUCGACCUUCGGAAGAAUUCUCGUCCACCAUGAAGGAAGUCUUUGGUAGACUAGAGAAGUGGAGACAUGAGCGCGAGCCUGGACAGCAGACGCCUUCGUCGUACACGUCUGGAUCAAAGACGGUUUUGACGUGGUUGGACAGCACGUUAUCGUCCCAGGAAUGCACACAGCUGGUCUCGUUCUUCCCAGACCCUUUUAUGGAUCAACUUCUUCACAUGAUGGACGUCAAAGAAGACCCAGAGCUCAUGAGACUUGCCUACCACGUCUACCGCCAUCUGCCCAACAUUCCUUUCCGAUCUGGCGAAGAUGAUGCAUUCAUCAAUGCUCUGAUUCGCAUCGGUAAGAGUGCUACAUCAUGGCAUCAACGACUGCGCGCCCUGGUCAACAUGCAGGUCAUUUACUUCCGACGUCUAUUCCUGACUGGACCUAAUCAGCGCGAGCUUCUUUUCGAUGCCGUGGGCGAUAUGCUUGCAGAUCCCCAACUCGAGGUACGAACAGUCGCUGGCGCCACACUUGCCGGGAUGAUUCGGUGCUCGCCGGCUGCGAUUCGUAAUCCAAUCAUCAAGAUAUUGAAGAAACGUUUCGAGUCACAGCUAGCCAAGAACCCCAUGCCGAAGAAGAAGCUGCCCGGUACAGACACUCCAGUGAACCAGACACAGCAAGUCGUUCGGAGACAUGCAGCUGUGCUUGGUUUGGGAUCGUUAAUUGAGGCUUUCCCAUAUGCCACGCCACCGCCGUCAUGGAUGCCUGAAGUCCUUGCACUUCUUGCGAGGAAAGCAGCGAGUGACCCUGGUGUUGUGGGCAAAGCAACCAAGAGCAUCUUGAGUGAGUUCAAGAAGACGAGGCAGGAUAGUUGGGGAGUUGACCAAAAGUACUUUACCUCUGAACAAUUAGAAGAUUUGGAAGGUGUGCUGUGGAAGAGCUACUUUGCAUAA